GGCCAAACCUAUUUCUCUCUCUCUCUCUCUCUCUCUUUCUCUUUCUAUCUACCUGUCUCUCCCUCUAGCUACCUUGCUAGUUUAGAUAUUUUCUCUUUUUCUUUUUCUUGACAGAAUACUCAACUAUACUUUGGCAUGGGAAAAUGUUGAAGCUUCAAAGCCUUUUGUGGGCUCUUGUCGUUCGCUUGGAAACUUGCUAGGCUUCUGUUGUCGUCUUUUGCUUAUAAGCGAAUAAGUUUCUGCCUUAUUGUUUGUUAUAUUAUAUUUGAGAGUUGAGGAGGACUUGGACUGCAGCUAUGGGAGCUAGCUCGUUGCAGCUCUUUUCAGCUUUCUUUUGUGUACUAAUUCACUUGAUUUCUUCGUUUACCGAUCCCAACGAUGUUGCGGUUCUCCAUUCAUUGAAAGAAAUUUGGGAACAUUUACCUCCAAGCUGGGCAGAAUCUGAAGAUCCCUGUGGAGUACCAUGGGAAGGAGUGAGUUGUAAAGGCUCAAGAGUGACUUCAUUGGGAUUGUCAACCAUGGGACUCAAAGGGAGACUUGAAGGUGAUAUUGGGGGCCUUACUGAAUUAAGAACCUUGGACUUAUCGUUUAACCCAGGGCUUACCGGCCCUCUCUCUCCACGAUUGGGCGAUUUGAAAAACUUGAAUAUUUUAAUCCUAGCAGGUUGCAGGUUCAAUGGUAAAAUUCCAGAUGAAAUAGGCAACCUUCAGGAGCUAUCCUUCUUAGCUCUGAAUUCAAAUAACUUCACUGGCAAUGUUCCUGCUUCUUUGGGUAAGCUUUCAAACGUUUAUUGGCUGGACUUGGCAGACAAUGAGUUGACUGGAACUCUCCCUGUUUCAACCUCUACAACCCCAGGAUUGGACCAACUUCAUAAGGCUAAACACUUCCAUUUCAACAAGAACCAGCUUUUUGGUACCAUUCCAGAAAAACUGUUUAGCUCUGAGAUGGUACUGAUACACGUAUUGUUUGAUGGAAACCAAUUUACUGGAACUAUCCCAUCAACAAUAGGACUUGUUACCACUCUUGAGGUUCUGCGACUUGAUAGAAAUGGUCUAUCAGGGGAAGUCCCAUCAAAUCUCAACAACCUUACAAAUAUCAAUGAAUUAAAUUUGGCCUCUAACAAAUUCAACGGCUCUUUUCCAAACUUAACGGGAAUGGUUAACCUAAAUUAUUUGGACCUGAGUAACAACACCUUUGACACAACAGAACCACCAGUUUGGUUCUCAUCAUUACCAACCCUCACAACUAUGAUUGUUGAAAACGGGCCGCUAGAAGGGAGAAUUCCAGCCAAGCUAUUCAGCUCUCCACAGUUGCAGCAAGUGAAACUGAAAAAUAAUAAAUUCAAUGACACAUUGAACAUGGGUGACAGCAUCAGCCCACAACUGCAGCUUGUUGACUUGGAAAACAAUGAAAUUCAAUCAGUAACAGUUGGAGUUUACAAAGAAACAUUAUUACUUCUAGGUAAUCCAGUGUGUGAGACUACUGGCAUUGCAAAUUCCAAUUACUGCCGGCUUCAGCAGCAAUCUUCAAAGACAUAUUCUACAAGCUUAGCUACAUGUGGAAGUAGAUCUUGCCAAUUGGAUAAAAAGCUCAAUCCUCAGAGUUGUGAAUGUCAAUAUCCUUAUGAGGGGACAUUAUAUUUUAGAGCACCUUCCUUCAGGCAAUUGACUGAUGAAAAUAGGUUUCAUGCACUUGAAAUGAGCCUUUGGACGAAACUUGGCCUUAAUCCUGGUUCCGUGUCUCUUCAAAACCCCUUCUUCAAUAUUGAUGACUAUCUUCAAAUUCAAUUGGCUCUCUUUCCAUCUACAGGGGAGUUUUUUAAUAGAUCUGAGAUUCAGAGAAUUGGCUUUGAAUUGAGUAACCAAACUUACAAGCCACCACAUGAAUUUGGACCAUAUUACUUCAUUGCAGCUCCUUAUACCUUUCAAGGCGCACAUAAAGGAAAUUCAAUAAGCACAGGAGCAAUUGCUGGGAUAGCAACUGGCUGUGCAAUUUUGGUUCUAGGCCUGGUAGCCGUAGGAGUAUAUGCCGUUCGACAGAAAAAACGUGCUGAAAAGGCCAUUGGACUAAGUAGACCUUUUGCUUCGUGGGCACCAAGUGGGCAAGAUAGUGGAGGUGCACCACAACUCAAGGGAGCAAGAUGGUUUUCGUAUGAUGAACUUAAGAAGUGCACCAGUAAUUUUACUGCAAGUAAUGAGAUUGGAUCUGGCGGCUAUGGCAAGGUUUAUAGGGGAAAGCUCCCUGAUGGACAAAUAGUGGCUAUCAAAAGAGCUCAGCAAGGAUCAAUGCAAGGUGGACUCGAAUUCAAGACUGAAAUCGAGCUGCUGUCUCGAGUUCAUCACAAAAAUCUUGUUGGCCUUCUUGGUUUCUGUUUUGAACAAGGAGAACAAAUGUUGGUCUAUGAGUUUAUGCCAAAUGGAACGCUAAGGGAAAGUUUGUCAGGGAAAUCUGGUAUUCAUCUCGAUUGGAAGAGGAGACUUCGCAUAGCUCUUGGAUCAGCGAGAGGACUAGCUUAUCUACAUGAGCUAGCAAAUCCUCCAAUAAUUCACAGGGAUGUCAAAACAACCAAUAUUCUACUAGAUGAAACUUUAGGAGCAAAGGUUGCAGAUUUUGGCUUGUCUAAGCUGGUCUCAGAUAGUGGAAAAGGACACGUUUCAACUCAAGUUAAAGGCACUCUGGGUUAUCUUGAUCCUGAGUACUACAUGACUCAACAAUUGACAGAGAAAAGUGAUGUGUAUAGUUUUGGAGUUGUUAUGCUCGAGCUCAUAACUGCAAAACAACCAAUCGAGAAGGGAAAGUAUAUUGUACGCGAAGUAAGGACGUCAAUGAAUAGAAACGAUGUGGAGAGUUAUGGAAUGAAAGAGAUGAUGGAUCCAACCAUUAGAAACACUCCAAUUCUUAUUGGCUUUGGUAAAUUCUUGGAUUUGGCCAUGCAAUGCGUUGAAGAGGCAGCUGCUGAUCGUCCAACAAUGAGUGAAGUUGUUAAGGCUAUUGAAACCAUUUUACAGAAUGAUGGGAUCAAUACCAACUCAACAUCAGCGUCCUCUUCCGCCACCGAUUUCGGAAACACAAAAGGUCCACUUAAACAUCCUUAUAGCAAUGAUGCUUUGCCUAAGAAGGAUAUUAGUGAUAGUGAUGCCUUUGAUUAUAGUGGUGGAUACACACUCUCAACAAAGAUUGAACCCAAGUAGCACAACAUUUUGCUUGUGUUUCAUUUUUUUUUUCUUGAUUUUUUCUUUUUCUUUUUUAAACUGGAAAAAGAUUGUUGUACGUUAUUAUAUAUAAUGUUUGAUAUAUAGUGGCUUUUAGCGAA